AUCAGCGGCGGGGACAGAGGCUCGCGGAUAAGCUCCCGCCAAUUCUGAGUUGAGCGCGAGGGAGUUCAGCGGGGAUGUGAGGCGGUCAGAGGGGAGGUAGUCGGAGAUAAAAGUCAGUCCAGGAAAAGAAGUUAUUGUUAUUUAAAAAAAAGAAAAGAAAAAAAACCACCUCGUAACGACACUCGACAAUUUUGUUCACCCUUUACAAGUGUAAAGCCAAUGAAAGUUUCGGACGUUCGCUCGACGUGAAUAGCUUCUUCACUGCUCUGUUUUUAUUUACACCUGAAGUGUUUUCUCGUGAAUUUUCCUCGGUAACUUGCCGAAUGGUGGUGGUGAUGCUCGCGGCCGAAGACCUUUCUGCGGCCGGGCCUUUAGCCUGCACGCCUCGGAGAGGUAUGGAGUGUGUGGACAAAGCCAACACUGCCAACAAGAAGCUCGUUCAAGCACGUCUUCCCUUCAAACGACUUAACCAAGUACCCAAGGAAACCGGGAAGCCCAAAAGAACCAGAACAGCAUCUUCUGCUCCUUCUACCGUUGAACCCAGUGCUUCUGAUGGGGAGAAUGAAGUUGAUGCUACCUCUGCACCCCUGCAACCAAGACCUGCUCUGAUAAAUGGCCGCGGGCCUCUUGAUGGUUUUAUGAGACGGACCAAGUGUUCAGUUAGUUCUGCUUCUGCUGUUAUCGACCUUACAGAGGACUCGAACUCCACUGAUGUCAAGAUACCGCUUUCCGCUCCUGUGGAUGCAUUGUGUCCUUCUACAGGUGAAGCUGCAAAAAAUACCCAAAAUGUCACCGAGACAGAAGAGCCAGAAGUGGCCUCUGCUGUUCCCCUGUCGUCAGAAGAAACUAUGGAAACCGAUGAAGCAGAGGACAGUGUUGCUUUCUCCCAGUUGGACAGCACUGUGGAGUCUGAAACCGACACUGAGCAGAUCGCAGUCACCAAGCAGUCACAAGACACUGAAGAGAAUCAGGAGAAUGAAUCUCUGUUGUCUACCAGCUCUGUGUCACUGGUCGAGAGUUCACCAGAGCCCAGCAAGUGCACAUCAACCACUUCGCCAUCAGAGUCAAUGAUGGACACUGAGCAGAAACAGUUAAAAAGACGCUCUCUUAAGAGCACUCAAGAACUGGAAGAGAAGCAGCGACAACGAGAGGAGAGAGAGCGGCAGAAGCAGGAGGUCAGAGCUGCCAAAGAGAAGAAAAAGGAGGAGGCACGGAGACAGAAAGAGGAGAUGAAAAAAGAAAAACAAGAGAAGAAGGAGAAGGAGGAAAGGGAACGGCGAGAGAAAAGGGAAAAGCAUGACAAAGAGAAGGCAGAGAGACAGCAGGCAAAGGAAGAGCAGCGUAAAGUGAAGAUUGAGGCUAAACUUGAAGAGAAGAGAAAGAAAGAAGAGGAAAAACGGUUGAGGGAAGAGAAAGAGAGAGUCAAAGCCGAAAAGGCUGAGAUAACUCGAUUCCUGCAGAAGCCCAAGCCUCAGUUAGCACCAAAGACUCUGGCAUCUGUCUGUGGGAAGUUUGCACCAUUUGAAAUCAAAGAACAUAUGGCUUUGGCACCACUUACCCGAGUGCAUUGUGAAGAGGCAGAUCUAGAGGAGCUAGAUCGAUACCUGACGGAACCAGAUCGUACUCUCGACUGCUUAAAGGACUGGAUAACCCAUAAACCCCGCAAGUCAGGACCAACCAAACCCAAACACACAGACAUGCAGAGAGAUUGCACACUGGUCGAUGAUGGCCCGAAGACAGAAGGUGUUCCUGACCACAAGCGUUACGGACGCAUGAAGCUUCUUCAGUUUCAUGAAAACUAUCGUCCUGCCUACUGGGGCACUUGGAGCAAAAAAAGUACACACGUAUCACCUCGCUGCCCUCUCAAGCUGGAUAAGGAUUUGCUCGACUAUGAGGUGGACAGCGAUGAGGAAUGGGAAGAGGAGGAGCCAGGAGAGUCCCUGUCACACAGCGAAGGAGAUGAUGACGAUGAAGGUGAUGACGAUGAUGAAGACGAUGGCUUCUUUGUGCCGCACGGUUAUCUUUCAGAUGGGGAAGGAGCACUUGAAGAUGAGGAGGGUGGUGACCCUGAGAAGCAGAAGGUGCGUCAGAAGCUGAAGGCUCGGGAAUGGGAUGAGCUGAUGGCUAAGAGGAAGCUGAAAGUGCUUGAGGCAGUGGUGAGGGGCUGCGUGUGGGAGGGAGAGGAUCCUCUGCCAGACAUGCUGCAGCCCUAUGCGGUCUGCAUGAUGGAGCCUCUGAACAGUGAGGAGCCCAACACACCUGAAGAAAAUGCCUCAUGCCAAAAGAGAAACCUGCAGUGGCUCUCUCAGCUGUUGCCCUUGCUGCAUGGCAAUGUGAACAGCAGUAAGAUGAUUAUCACCGAGUUCCAGGAGUUCUGUCGCCAGCAAAUGUCCUCACCAAGUGGCAGCCCACAGAGCUCUGCAGACAAAAUCCCCCCCAGGAUUCGACUGAAGCGUCUCAUGAAGGAAAAUGCGGUAUACGAAAAGCGACCAACUUACAGACGUUGCUGUUGGUAUGUUCACGGCGAUGUCCUGGCACGUUUUGGCCAGGAGGCCUUACCAGUGCCCUGUCAAUGGACCUAUCUCACCCCUGGAGCACUCCCAGCCCGAGAUGAAUCCAGUGUGGUGUCACAAGGCUCUUCUCCUACUGCAUCACAUUCCACUUCGACCACUCCCUCCAACAAAAGGAAGAGUGGCAGCAACCAGUCCAUCACAAAGUACAUGAAGAGAUGUGGAGAACCUGAACAGGCUGAAACGAUGGAAACUGAUGGCUUUCAGGCAGACACUGAGGAUGAAGAUGAUGACGACUGCAUUAUUUUGUGUGAGCAAUCCGGAUCUUCUGAACAGAACAGCCAAAUCUCCAGAACAGAAACCAAGAACACAGAGGCGAUGGAGACACUUCUCUCUCUUCCCUGCCCUACACCAGCUACUGCCUGAGGCACCACUUCUGUUUACUUUCUGUCUUAACUGUGUAUAAGGGGCUAAAAACCUAAUCUGCAAUUACAGGUAAUGCACAGUAUUAAAGGGCCACUGAACGAGCAGUUCAGUGCUAUUUGGUAAAGGAGUUGGCUGAUGGUUCACUCUAACAGUCUACUACUGGACAGGAUUCAGCUCUAACAAGGCUCUUUUCAACAAAAGGCAGCUACCUGUGGUGGUUGUGUAUAAACCAUCUAGGAUCUCAUGGUCCACAGUGGCCCAACACCUCAGCACAUGAUUCUGGAGAACUCGCAGCUCAGUGUAAAGGCCCCAUUUAAAAAAAAUAAUAAAUAAAUACAUAGUCUCUCUCUCUCACUCAAAUUUUAUAUAUAUAUAAAAUUUGUUUUUCCUCAGAAUACUUGAACUGGCUUAUCUCAUUAAUGUGUUUUUUUUUUUUGUUUGUUUGUUUUUUAAAUUUAUCGCACUUUUAUGUCUUUACUUUUCAUAUCCACAUCUUGGUGCCUGCCUGCCAGCGGUUCUGUGGAUUUCUUGUUUGUAAAAAGGAAAAAAAAGACCCCACACAUGCUGUUUGUCCUCUAAGCUGCUAUACACAAUAUAAACGAUAUUUAAAACCUUCACAAUGUGUAACAUUUAAAUAAUGGUUUAGAGGUCCCAAAGGGGGGGGGGGGUGGGGGUUAAUCACCAAGUUAAUGUUUUGAUACUGAAUCUCCAAAAUAACAUCUAUUUGCUGUUGUGAUGGGUGUGUUACAAUAAUUGUUUAAAUAAAGCAUUAUUUAAAAAUCUUUGUUAAACACAAGUGUAAAUGAAAAGGUUAUAAUAUCAGGUCAUCCUGUAGUUAAUACAGUGCAGUAAAGUGGAGUUCAAUCCCUUGUUUAUAAACACGUUGUUCAUGAAACGACUCAUCUUUCACAAUGCAGCCUUAAACUUUAUUACAGUAGACUUAAUCAGGCAGAUGAACACAGAACAAUGAUAUUAUAGCACAUGGAAAAAUUUGUGUUAUUAUUCCAUUGUAUCCAUUACAUUCUUGUCUUGUAACGGAAACAAGCACGUUUCAUACUGCGGUUGGAAAAGCAGUGAGAUGCAUUAUUAUACUAGCUACUGGAGCAAGCAAAUGACAUAUUUAGUGUUCAAGGUUCUUUCACAAAAUGGUUUACUGGUUUGUGAGGAGGUAGGCUGUUGUCCUAUUUUCUGGAAUGAAUUUAGAAUGGAAAACGUUAAUUUAUUCCUUCCAUUUAAAUAUGAAAGCUCUUCCUUUUAAAUUUGAAAUAUCAAGUAAGAAUAUAAUGUUGCCUGGGUGAACUAGACAGCUUUUAUGAUAAUUUUAAAGUUAGGUACAUUUGACAAUUAUUUAUCAAAAGAUUUGUUUUGAUAACAGAAAGUGCUUUAAUGCAAUAGUAAAGCUUGGAGAUAAUCUCUUGUAAAAGAGAAGUUGCCAGGGACAGGAAUAGUUUAAUACCGACAGCAUUACAGUGCAAUAGAAGUUAUAAUAGUGGGUAUCACUACACAAGAAUCCUUUUCAAAUGAUUACAAUCAGUGACAGGAUGCACAUUUUGCUCAGUCGUGCUGGCUCUCCUGACCAAAUGAUCCACAGCUUCUUCAGCACUAGCUAAAACACAAAUCUUGUGAACGUUUCUUGUCCUGUAACACUAUCAACAUUCCCAUAACUGAACACAGGGUGGUGUGCAUUUCAGCAGGAAAAGGACAACCGCUAGAACAGCAAAGUGGGAACGGGAGG